GUCCAUUUGCAGCAGGAUCAUCUAGAACCAGCACUUGACUUGGUCAACCCUCAACACAAAGGUCCUUGGGGUGCUUGCUCUCCAAUACCUGAAAACAGUGCCAUUGCAAUUAACAAACAGGAAGGAUCUAUCUUCGCAGCAGCAGAUGAUGCAUGUGCUUAUUGCUGGGAUGUGGAGAGUAGUAAAUGUAAAAUGAUAUUCAAGGGGCAUACUGACUAUUUGCACAGCGUUGCAGUUCGUGAGGCAAAUAGCCAGGUGGUAACAGGAUCAGAGGAUGGGACAGCCCGUAUCUGGGAUUGCAGAAGUGGGAAGUGUCCUCAGGUUAUACAUCCAGUAAAGAACAAGGCAUUUGAGAGCUCAUUCAGUUGUGUUGCCAUUGAUGCAAGUGAAAGUUGGCUGGCUUGUGGCACGUCUAGUGGUAUAUCAGUUUGGAGUCUUAUUUCAAAUGAGUGCAUCUUUAAUUUGGAUUGUCAUGGUCCUGUCCAAGACUUGUUGUUUGACAAGAACCAAAUUUUAGCAGUUGGUGCUGAACCUGUGCUCUCCCGUUUCACAAUCAAUGGGACUGUUCUUUCACAAAUAAAGUGUGCUCCUCAGUCAGCAUUCUCUGUCUCUAUCCACUCAUCGGGGAUGGCAGCUGUUGCCGGAUACAGGGGUCUGGUGGAUGUGAUCUCCGAACUUGGGAGCCAUUUAUGCACAUUCGGUAGCCGCGGCCUGGACAAGUAAAUUAUCCAUGAGCAGCAAAGCAACGCUCUUCGAACCUCAUGUAGAGGCGGAGAAUGCAAUUUCCAAGAUCAAAUUGAGGCUGCUAUGCAUUGUGAUGACUGUACUUUUUUGCGCUGCUGCUGUGCUAGUUUCGUUCAAUGUUGCACCUGACAAUGCUUUAGUGACCAAGAUGGCUCCUAGACGGUAAAUUGAUGCUACUAUUUCGAAGAAACGUCAAA